UUCUGACUCACAGACAGCACUGACCUGCACAAUAUUUGGUGCCGGCUGCUGCGAGUCCUAGUCAUCGACAACCAGCUCGCCGGGCUCGAGUCGUGUCCCAAAUGAUGUCCACCAAACGCCACGUGCUUACCAUUUUGAUGUUCGUAGUAAUGUCUCACCGCCAGCUUGCACGCGUGGCUUCUCUGGUCGAGUUCCUAUGUCGUUCGUCCCUGGGCAAGCACAGCUUCCAAGGGCUUGUUAACUUCAGCCCGUCGCAGUCAAGUCGCAACAACUCAUGGCAGUUAUGUUAUGCACGACAACCUCUGUGUGCAAAGAGUCGCAUUUAUUUUAGGACACGAUCACUCUUUCCCGAUUUCGGAAUACGGGCGCGCCCAUACGGCUAACCUGUAUAAUUUGCAAAAGCUCCAAUGCUAAGCUGCGACACCGGU